AUGGCAGAUCCUGAGUCCACUAAGAGUGGUAACCAGCCCCAAACUGACGGACUCAAUUCAGACAAAUCUAGCACUCUGAAACCAACAUCUGAGAAAGGAAACCUUAGGCCAUCAACUACUGUGCCAACGCCGGCACUCUCCAACUGUAAGGAAAUUUACGAAAUUAACAUCGAUACCUCAAAGAAGUUAUUACCUCAUGUGCUGGUGGAAUCACCAGUGUCCGACAUUCCACUCACACUCUUAGUGGACUCAGGAUCUGCCAUUUGUCUACUAAAACAAUCAUGUGUUCUCAAACAACCACCUAUAACUCCCGAACCAAUAAAUAUAAAAGGCAUCGAUCCCGGCGAAGAAGCCACCCCUACAUUAGAAUUAAAAGAAGGUGUUAUAAUAGAUCAGCACCUUUCCAAAACACUCCUUACGGCAAACUGCCUUGUAAAGGUAAAAGAAAACAAAAGAGUAAACAUUCCAGUCGUUAAUAUUUCUAACAAACCUACUAAAAUCAGACGUACCCUUAAAUUAAAACUAGAUGAAAUAGACACCUACCCAAUUCAGACUCUCCUGAACGUCGAGAAUGUAACUAGACGUACAAAAAAGGUACUAGAUUCUUUAAGAACAUCUCAUUUAAAUCAAGAGGAAAUUGAUGCCCUUCUUAAUCUAUGUUCAGAUUACUCUGAUAUAUUUCAUCUUCCUGACGAGCCAUUAUCCUUUUCUCCAAGCAUCCAACACGAAAUUAAAACCACUAAUGACAUUCCAAUCCACACUAAAUCAUAUCGGUUCCCGGAAUGCCAUAAACAAGAAGUAGAAACCCAAAUCAAUAAAAUGUUGGACCAAGAUAUUAUCACUCCAUCUUCCUCUCCUUGGUCCUCCCCCAUCUGGGUGGUUCCUAAAAAAGCUGAUGCUUCCGGCCAAAAGAAAUGGCGGAUAGUAAUCGACUAUCGGAAACUCAACGACAUAACUGUCGGUGAAGUGUACCCUAUCCCUCAAAUGACUGAGAUACUCGACCAAUUAGGAAAGAGUCAAUACUUCAGCACCCUCGACCUUUCAUCUGGAUUCCAUCAACUUCUAAUAAAACCGGAAGAUGCACCCAAAACAGCCUUCUCUGUCCCGCAGGGACAUUUCCAGUUCAACCGGAUGCCCUUCGGCUUAAAAAAUGCCCCGUCCACAUUCCAAAGACUGAUGAAUACAUGCCUCACAGGCCUCCAAGGGUCUCGUUGCUUCUCGUAUCUCGAUGAUAUUGUCCUAUAUGCGUUUGACCUUAAAACGGCCAUCCAGAAUCUCAGAGUCGUAUUCGAAAGACUAAGAAGAUUUAAUUUAAAACUGCAGCCCGAAAAAUGUGAGUUCCUUCGGAAAGAGGUAACUUACUUAGGCCAUAUAAUCACAAGAGACGGCGUUAAGCCUAAUCCUGACAAAGUCAAGGCCGUAACCCAAUAUCCUGUCCCAAAAUCACAGAAAGAUAUCAAAUCUUUCUUAGGCCUUGUAUCAUAUUACAGGCGCUUCAUUCCCGACUUCUCUAAGCUUGCUAAGUCUCUUACUUCGCUUUUAAAAAAGGACACCCCAUUCAAUUGGACUAAUGAACAGCAACUUAAUUUCGAAAAUCUAAAAAAUAAACUAGUAGAAGCACCCAUCCUUAUCUAUCCUGACUUCAAUUCGCCUUUCCUGUUGACCUGUGACGCCUCUAACUAUGCGAUAUCGGCCAUCCUAUCACAAGGACCUAUAGGGCGAGACCGCCCAGUCUCAUACGCAUCACGCACCUUAAAUAAAGCCGAAUGUAAUUACAGCGUGACUGAAAAAGAAUGUCUAGCAAUAGUGUUCGGCACCAAAACAUUCCGACCUUACCUUUAUGGUCGUCGCUUUACGAUCAUAACAGACCACAAACCUUUACAGUGGCUAUUCAAUUGUAAAGAUCCUGGAUCUCGUCUUAUUCGUUGGAGACUAAAACUUGAAGAAUAUGACUAUGACAUCAAAUACAAAAAAGGGAAAACUAAUUGUAACGCCGACGCCUUAUCACGUUUCCCUGUAAACCCAGUAGAAAGUCUAUCGCCCAAACCCACUGAAGAAUCAAACCUACCAGUCGACCCUGAUGCAACAAAGGACAAUCACUUGAAACCAUCUGAAGACCAAAACGUUACUAAUCCAAAUUCUACCCAAGUCGAACCUACACCAGAAAGCGAACUCAUCGACCUCGGUCCUCUUAGCGACAUAAGUCCUUACGAUGACUGUCCAUUAGAUUUCAGCCCACUCGGUACCCCUCUAGAACCCAACGAUAAUAACGAGGUCAUUGAUCCUCUAGCUAUCCUAGAUUCAUCAAAUGAUGACUAUCCUAAAUUUUUAAAAGCUAUGUCCAAUAAAUCCAAUACCCUUACCUUCAACACGAACAUAAAAGAACAUAACCAAAGUAUAAUGAAAAGCUCUUGUAAAAUCAUAAUAAUACCCACAUCUAUUGACCUUGACGAAUCAAACCCAUAUAUCGAAGAAAUUUUAAGUAAUAACGAAAAUUCAGACAACAUCAUUAACGACGAAAAGGAGCUUUAUACAUUCAAAAAAUUCUCAAGCUCCGGGAAAACCUUCUACCUUCUCUUCACAAAAGUUCACCACUUCGAUGAGUCCUCAUAUAAGGACAUAUUCAACACAUUAAAGAAAGCUAGAGACGAAAUUAUGCUCACCGAAACGACAACAGAAAUAGCUAUAACAGAUUUCAAAAAUGUUUUCGAAAAAUUAUCUUUUACCAAAAUAUACAAUAUGAUAAAUUAUCUUUUCCAUGACACUAAUAUCGCAGUCAACAUUUAUCACGAUUCCAUAAUUUACCCCACACUGAGCGAAAUACCUAAAAUCCUGAAAGAGAAUCACAACAUACCUAUCGCUGGACAUCUAGGUUCAUCUCGCAUGUAUAAUAGAAUUAAGGAGAAGUAUUUCUGGAAAGGAAUCAGAUCCGAUAUAGACAAUUACGUCAAACACUGCUCUCUAUGCCAAUCCAACAAAGCCCUACCAUUGAUAUCGUUGGCCCUCUACCAGAAGCCGGUACUAUCCAAUUGCGGUUUAUACUCACGAUUCAAGAUGACUUAA